AUGUUAUUACCUGAAAAUACACAAUCAUUAACCAAGCUUUUACGUUCAAAGGAUAUCACAACCUGCGAGAUUUAUGACAUAGUUAUUAAUUUUGAUAAUUUAAAGUUCAAUUUUCCUAAUAAAGAAAUUUUCGUCUUAGAAUUAAUUAUUGAUAGAUGGAAUGAUGCUAAAUUGACAAAAUUUAAGACUGAUCCUAAGAUUUGGCAAUUAUUUAAUACUAUUUGGUCUCAACUUGAUGAUGAAAAUAUUAAAAGAAGAUUAUUCAAGAACUUAAAGUUUUUUCCACAUUUAGCACAAGCUUUAAACCUAGUAUCAUCUUUUGAAAAUCCCUCAGACGUAGAAGGAUUCUUAAUUUCUGUAUCAGAAAUCUGUAAAUCUUUCAAUUACUCAUUAACAUUAGGCAUUUCGCUAGAAAAUGCUGAAAGAAUUUUAGCUGACCUUCUGACUUUAAUUAACAGAACAAACAUGGAGAAAUUUUCUAUUCCUUUAAGACAGAAUAUAGUUCAACAAAUCUUAAAUUUAACAGAUUUUGGCAAUAGGAUUCAAUUGUCAAAUAAGAAUUCUGCCAGCUAUACGAAUAUAUUAUUGCUUCCAUCUCUUGAGUAUAUCAGCUGUAAUCCAGAAGAUGAUUUCACUAAUUCUACUUUAACCUCAUUUAUGGCAAAGCUGUUGUUUGGCCCACAUAUAAAUCCAAUUAAACAACUAGAAACUUUUUUUAAAAAUAAAGGAUCAAAAUUAAAUGCCUCAACAUCAAUUAUUUUAUUUGAAAAAUCAGCAUCCUUCUUAUCAAAACAAAAAAUUGAACAAUUGGAAAUUAUUUUCACUUUAGUCACAGAUGCUCAACCCACCGUUACAUCUCAAUUAUUAAACAAAUUGUCUUCCUCCAAAAAAACUUUAUCUCAACCAUUUUUAGAGAAAUUAUUCACUACUUGCAUCGAUUCUAAUCAGAAUAAAAUAAUUACCACUCAAGAGACAUGGAGUUUAAUUCUUGAUAUUCUUGAAUUGGAUCUAGAAAUUGGUAUCAAAUACUUUGAAACUUUAUUAAAAUUAAUUGAUGAAAAUAAAGAUGCAAAUAAAGAUAAUACUAUCAAAAUUUGGUCGAAAAUAAUUAAAUGCCAUAUUAAUGCCAGAGAAUUUUACAAAUUUUUUGAUGAAUUACAAAGUUUUAUUAUUAAAUCCAAUUAUUAUUUCUUAUUGUCAGAUUCCUCCUUUUCGUAUUGGAUUACUUCAAACCUGUCAUUUCUAUCCUCCUCUCAAUUAAAUGAUUUAUUAUCUAAAUGUAUUGAUAAUACUUUGCAUGAUUCAAGUAAUAAUGCUCCCUUAUUAUUACUAGAAACUUGCUGUAAUGGUUUAAUAAAUCUAUCCUAUACAGCGUUACCAUUUUUUAAAACAACUUUAUCUAAGAUUUUUAACAGUGAAGAUGCCAAAAAUCAAUCAAAAUUGUACGCAGUCAAAUAUAUUCUGAUGGAAGUUUACGAAGAUUUUGUCACAGGCCAAAACUUGGAAGAUCUCACCAGAGAAAUUACUAUACCAUCUGAUUUGAAGGGAAAAAAUAUUAUAGACUUUACAUAUUUCUGUUUCAAAUUAAGAGAGUAUAGAGAUUUUGAUAUUUCAAACGUUAUUAGUUAUUUUGUUAAAACUUUUAAAAAACCAGAUGUUUUUACUUCCUCUACAAAACUCUCAAUUAUUGAAGAACUGUUUACUAAAUGGAGUUCAAUAAUUAACUUAUUAUUUUCCAAGGAAGAUUUGACCUAUUUUGUAGAACAACUAUUAGCUGAACCCGAACUUACGGUUUUACAAAAGCUAGUAUUAGAUGAUGAUUUCUUCGAGGAAGGAAAUAUCUUAUAUUUAUUAACCAACGCAUUAUUAAAUUUGUUAGACAAUGUGACUAUUGUAUCACUACUUAUCGACUUCCCAAUCCAAUGUAUCCACAAAGAUUUACGUAUUGAGCUAAUCAAUAAAAUAAUAGAAAAAUCGGCCAUUACAAAAAAUGAUUCCAGAUUAUUAUUUCAUUUACUUGAAUAUCCUACGUUUAAAUCUAUUAUUGAGACUGAUUUAAGAUCUCUGUAUCAUUACCUAUCUAAAUCUACUGAUACAUCGUUUGAAUAUUCAAAUAUUGUCGUCGAAAAAAUAUGGAAUAAUCAUGUUUCACAAUCUCGUGAAGAUGUUAGCAAGAAGUUCAUUACCAAUACAAUUUUGGAGCUUACAAAAAGGAUGCAAAAGAAAUCGUUAGAUAUUACUUAUUCACAGUUAGCUUUCUUUAUAAUAAACUCAACAACUAAUAGAACUACCUUAAAGGAAUUAACAACAGAAUUCUUAAGUGCUGUCACUAGAUACAUUGAAAAAAAACAAAAAUUAGACGAAAGUCUCUACUCUGAAGAAAUUAUUUGGUAUUUGAAAUCACUAUAUUAUAUAUGGAAAUCAAAUGAUGAUAUAAUCUCCAGUGACUUUUCCUUGAAAAGUUUCAUUCCAAAUAUCUUAGAAAAAGUCACUGCUAAUUUAGAAAAUAUCGAAUCAUCUCUCCUAAUUAGUUUAUUUUCUCUCUUUUGUAUUACGAAUGAAGCUAAUCUUCCAUUUUUAUUUGCGCACUAUAUGACAUUAAGGAGUUUAAAUAUUAACUCAAAUUUAUUAUCACCUUCUUUAAAUUUUGCACUAGAAAAUUCUUUGAAAAGUAAUAAAUUCCAUAAAUUUAAUAAAGGUUUUGCAACAACUAUAUCAUCUUUAACCGAACCUCUUUCAUCUGAUUAUAAAAAGAGUAUAAUCGAAAUAUAUGUCUUCCAGCUUCAUCAAUUGAGAAAAGAGAAUGAAGUGGGCGUGCUGAUCUUCAGAAAUUCACUAUCACAAUUGUAUACUAAUAUCGAUAAUUUUUUACAAGAAAAACCAAGCAUUAUUCUACUAUUAAAUUCCAUAAAAGACUUAUUAGUUUCAAAAUCUUGGCUUUUCUCUCAAUACUCCGUAGAAUUAUUAUUUCCUUUAACUUUAAGGUUGAAUGUAUCUUACAUUUCAAACAAAUCUGAACUUCAUGAAGAUGAAAUUUUCCAAGCAUGUACCUCAGUUAUUGCAAAUGUAUUAUUUAUUCACAGAAUUAACUUAUCGAACAGAAAUCAUUUAGUAAUUGGUUGGUUAAGUGAGUGCUUAACUUUGAUGUCAUCAGGAAAAUUAAAUGAAGAAUCGGCUAAGUUACUUUCGAGAACAAUAGUUAACUAUUGUGAACCUCCAGCGUCUCAUAGUGGUAAUAAAUCUGCAUCAUCAUCACAACGUAAUAGACUAACUUCCACGACUAACAUAAUUAAGAAAUCAUUACGAAAAGAUGUUCCGGUGUUGCUGGUUAAGUAUGUUUUUUUAUCUUUGUAUUCACCAAUUGAUCAAAAAUAUUAG